AUGACCGUCACCACUCCACUCUACUCGAUGGUGAACCAUCUUGGACAGUUGGCCGUGCAGGAAGGCUCGAGCCCUUCACCACAGACCCACCUGGAACUCUUGCGGAUGAUCGACCAACUUAGACUCGCCGUUGAAUCGCCGACGGAAACCAUCCUACGUCUCAUCUACCAGCCCCCGCAGAAUGCCGCAUUACGCACUGUCAUUGACAUGCGAAUAUUUCCGCUGCUGAUGGGAAACCAGUAUCGCGAGUCGGGAAUUUCUGCCGAUCAGCUAGCAAAGUUUACCCAUGCAGAGAAAGAUCUGGUCGUCCGACUGAUGCGUGUCAUUGCAUCGUUAGGGCUUUGUUCAACCCCAGCUCCGGAAGUGUAUCGGGCCAAUGAUAAGACGGUGGCAUUGAUUCAGCCUAUUGGUAGAGACGGGGUACCGUGCAUAUACGACCUCACGGUGCCUACCUUGAGCAAGCUCCCCGAAUACCUGCAGACUCACCAAUAUGCCAAUCCACAGGAGUAUACCUUGUCCCCGAUGAAAUGGGUUGUUGGCCAGAGUCAGUUCGAGUGGCUGGCAUGUCAUAAGGAUCAGCAGGCGCUGUUCAACUCGUAUAUGGCGAGUCGCCGACAAGGCCGACCAAUGUGGUUUGAUACAUACCCCGUGGGGCGGUUGUUGGGUCAUGGGGUACCUUAUAAAGACAGCGUCUUUCUAGUUGAUGUGGGUGGUAAUCAAGGCCAUGAUUUAAGCCAGUUUCGAUUGAAACAUCCUCACUUGCCAGGUAAGCUGAUUUUACAAGACCUCCCCGACGUCGUCGAAGGCGUGUCCAGUAGGGACUCGGGGAUUGAAGUGAUGGGGUAUUCAUUCUUGGAUCCCCAGCCAGUGCAGGGCGCGCGGGCCUACUAUUUCCGAUCCAUCUUCCAUGACUGGCCGGAUCAAAUCUGCCAGCAAAUCCUGCUCAAUACGAUCUCGGCCAUGGCCACGAACUACUCUCGCAUCUUGAUUGUAGAUUUCGUGUUGUCGGACACGGAUACUCCACUCAUGCAAGCGGCGUUGGAUAUCCAGAUGAUGAGCAUUGGUGCCGGCGUCGAGCGAUCAGAGCGCCAGUGGCGAGUUUUGCUGGAUAGCGUUGGACUGGAAAUCAGUGGAAUCUGGAAUCAGUCGUCGGGGAUGGAAUCGGUGAUUGAAGCUGUGCCAAAAAGCUCGACGGUGACAAGUUAA